AUGCCCAACCUGGAAUUCAAAAUUGGGCUUUUAACCCAUAAAGACGAUGUCCACAAGUUCCUCAUGGACCAUUUCCGUAUUAUGGAGCCCAUCACCACUUCCCUAUCUUGCUCCGAAGAAGACGUCGCUGAAUUCUUCGUGGAUCUCACUAUGAGUGGUCUGGAGGACGAGAAGAGCUCAAUUCUAGUUUUCGAUGGAGAAGACGUCGUUGCUGUCUGCUUGAAUUCCAUCAAAAUCUGCAAAGAGCACGUGGAAUCUGUGCCUUUCGACCCCCAUCAAGACUACUGUGUGGAAAUCUCCAAAGGACCGUAUUCGAGAGAAAAUGCGAAUAAACUGGCAGCUUUUGUUGGUGCCAUGGAACAAGACUUGAGUUUCUUGGCUGGAAAUGCGAGAAGAAUCUUCAAAAUCGAUGUUCUAUGCGUCUCAAAGGCUUGUCAAGGAAAAGGAAUCGGUCGUCAGUUGGUCGAGAAAAGUCUGGAAACUGCUGAAAAUGAGGGGUGCGACUAUAUAGCGACUGUCGCAACUGCAGUGGCGUCUCAGGCGAUUUUUCAAAAGGCCGGCCUUCACACCCUUCGCGAAAUGCCCUUCUCGUGCUUCCGAAACGACGGUGACGUCGUUUUCCAGAAUCUUCGCGACGGCGGUGUCAGUGGGAAAUUGAUGGGGAUGUUGAUAAAAUCGGAGCCGAAAAUUGAAGAAGAUGAGGAGGACGAUUUGCGAUGA